AUGCCAGACCAAUUCGCUUUUUCGUAUUCAUCGCCGUUGGAGGGGUAUGAGAAUCUGGAGCCGCUGUCGGAUGAGCGUAACGAGGAUGGAAAGUCCCUUAAGAAUCCUCAAACUGGUGUCUUGAGCAAAGCCUACGAAGAAUUCCCCGAUCCAGUGAGCAAAGGCCGACGCGGCGGAUUCGACAUCCACAUCUAUCACUUCCAGACAAAUCCCGACCAAGUAACCUACGCCAAAGCCCUCCACGAACGAAUUCGACGCGAAUUUCCCGAGCUCCGCAUCUACCGCUUCUUCGACCAACCCGUCGGCCCUCACCCCGUCGCCAUGUUCGAGGUCAACGUAUUCACACCAGCACAGUUUGGGGCUUUUGUAUCCUGGUUGGUGAUCAACCGAGGCCCAUUAAGCGCGUUGGUCCACCCCAACACGGAUCUCGAGCCGGGUCAGUUGGAGUCGGCGGAGGAAGAGAGGAAUCACACGCAGCGGGCGACGUGGUUGGGGGAGCGGAUUCCGUUGGAUUUGAGGCUGUUUAAGUUGUGGAAGGAGAAGGAAAGGAGGGAAGAGGAAGAGAAGGCGAACGAGGGGAGGUUGUGA